GGAGUAAAAGCGAGUAGUAUUUCACAACUGACUUGUAAGCUGCUGCCUUAUUUUAUUAUCUUUAUUUCUGCGUACGUUACAAUAGUGAAAAAUUUAAAAGCAUCGAUGUUUGAUUCAGCGCUUUUCUAUUAGAAUUAAAUAAUUUUGUUAUAUCGCAUGAUUCACAGAAAUUGCUUUUAAAUUACAUUUACUUUACGGAAAUCACUUCUUUUAAUGAGGCUAUGCAACUAUUCUCGUAAUCGAUAAAAGUCUUCCCAGAGAGCAACUUUUAUAGACAAUAUGACUUACAUACUGAAGGAUGUGUUUGGAACAAUUGAUGACGUUGUAUUUGCUCUUAUGCUUCUACUGUCCGCAAGCAUAGGCAUUUGGUAUGCUAUCGUGGACAGAAAAAAGAACAGCACCCAGGAGUACUUAAUGGGAGGCAGAACUUUGAGUGUUUUUCCUGUGGCUAUGUCUUCAUGGCACGGUUUUCUCUCAGCUGUCACCCUUUUGGGAGUACCAUCUGAAGUUUAUCGAUAUGGAACACAAUAUUUGACUACCUUCUUAACUUUUUUCUUGAUUAUACCUGCCACUGCUUACCUAUAUGUACCAGUAUAUUACAAUCUGAGAAUAACUAGUGCGUAUGAGUAUUUAGGAUUAAGAUUCCAUAGAUUCAUAAGAACAAUUGGUUCUGGUGUGUUUUUCAUGCAUAUGAUGAUGUACAUGCCCAUCGUUUUAUAUGCGCCCGCUUUAGCUCUAGCUGAAGUAACUGGCAUCAAAAUUUGGACCGCAAUUUUUUCUACGGGACUGGUUUGCACAUUUUAUACUUGCAUAGGUGGUGUAAAGGCUGUAGUCUGGACUGAUUGUUUGCAAUCUAUUAUUAUGUACGGAGUGGUCCUAAUGGUCGUCAUAAAAGGUGCAAUAGAUUUGGGUGGAUUCGAUGUGGUUUGGCAACGUGGUUUAGCCAGUGGCAGAAUUGAAUUUUUCAAUUUUGAAGUGGAUCCUACUAUACGGCACACUUUCAUGACUGUUAUGAUUGGGGGAUAUUUCACUUGGAUUGGAAACUAUGCUGCCAGUCAAUCAAUGGUUCAGAGAUAUUUAACAGUAAAAAGUCUCCGUGAUGCGCAAUUAUGCGUUUGGCUCAAUUUACCAGCUGUAAUUAUACUUAAUAUUUUAACUGGCUUUGCUGGUUUAGUUAUUUAUGCUUACUAUUGGCAGUGUGAUCCGAUUGGAACAAAAUUAAUCCAAGCUCCUGAUCAGCUCUUUCCCAGAUUUGUUAUGGAAACAUUUGGAAAGUUUCAAGGACUCCCAGGGUUGUUUGUAGCUGGCGUUUACAGUGGAGCUGUCAGCACGAUGGCAACUGGUAUGAACUCGUUAGCAGCUACUGUCUUAGAGGAUUUUAUAAAAAUUUAUAUUGGUAAAAAUAUGUCAGAAAGAACUGCUACUAGAGUAGGGAAAAUACUAAGUUUGAGUUUCGGGCUUUUGACCAUUGCUUUCACUUUUGUUGUACACAAAGUGACCAGUAUUCUACAAGCUGCUAUGCUUGUGCACGGAAUUGUGGGAGGACCAAUGUUGGGAAUUUUUACAUUAGGAAUGUUUUUCCCAUUCGUAAAUGCAUGGGGCGCAGGCAUUGGUCUUCUAAGUGGUUUCGCAACGUCUAUGUGGUUUGGUAUUGGUCAGUUCCUCAAUCCAGUAUACAUACCAGAAGAUCCAGUGUCAUAUGAAGGUUGCCCAGAUUUGUACUACAACAUUACGGGAAUUAAUGCGACAAGUUAUUCUCAUUUUUCUCACCAAGAAAAAAACAACGAGGAUAUAAGUUAUGUUUUCCGGCUAUCAUAUUUAUACCUGUGUGUGAUUGGAUUUUGCACAGUUUUCGUCAUUGGUUUACUUGUUAGUUUUAUUACAGGCUGCCAGAGAGGAAAACCCGUGGAUGAAAGAUUGAUAACACCUUUAGCUGUUUGGUUUUAUAAACACGUAUUCAAUGUUAAAUUUGUGAAAUCAUCAGACAGUGGUUUAACUCACGCAACUUCAUUGCAGUCGAUCAAAAAAGAAAAUUUAUGUGAAAGUAUUGACACUCUGCCAAAAGAAUCUAAACAUUUUCAGAAAGUGGAAUGAAAAAUAUGUGUUUCUUUUAUUCUACUAUAAGUAUCAUAGUUCAUAGUAUCUUGGGCAUUAGUCAAUAAAUAUACUUGCUAAGACGUCAUUCCUAACACAUGGAGAAAGAAAAAUUUUAAUUUUAAUAAUUAAAUAUUUUAAAAUUUUAAUUUUAAAAUAUUUAAAUUUUAGU